AUGAACGGAGCCACGGCACUUCGCUGCAGUCGGCGAUUAUACUCGACACAGAAGAACGCUCCCCUCUAUUUGAAUCCCCAUGCUUGGAAGAAUUUACCUGCUGAUCGGAUUUUCGAACUUCACAAAAUCCGCCAGGAAGCGUUAGGUGAGAAAUACAAUCCAAAUGAUGCUGAAAGAAAUGCAAUUUUGUCCACUAUCGAGUCUUUAGGCCCUGGAAAGUCUGCACUUGAAUACGCUUACGAAAUAGACAACUUCAAGGAGCGCCACAUGAACAAUACUCCAGUAAACUUGCGUGGUCUUCCUCCCAGAAAAAGCAACAUAAACGUCAUUGCUAAGGGUUCUACUCCCCACGAGAUUCGGAAAAGAGAGCAGAUCAUGCGUACGUGUGCGUACGAGAUGCCACUUUUGGCCAAAUACCGUCAAGAAUACAAACCUAGACCCAACUCAGAAACACCUUUGUCGUUGCGUUUCCACUCAGACUUCACCGACGAGUCCAAUGCCAACAACAGAAAGGUCACAUUGAGGUGUAAAAUAGAGGACCUCAAUUUGAACGAAAAACAGCAAAAAAAAUUCAUGAUUUUGUCGGGAAACAGAUUCAACCACAGAGACGGCGCUGUCAAGUUUGCCUGCGCUCAGUACCCCGAAGCUACCCAGAACGCACGCUGGCUAGUCGACACCUUCAACCGCUUGCUCGAGCAGGCCAAAGAUUUGACUGACGACUUUGCUGAUGUUCCAAUUGACACUCGUCAUAUGCAAGUGAAGAAAUCCAAACCUCAGUUUCCUGAACACUGGAAAAGGCCCCAAGAUGCUCCAGUAGAGAGACAUGCCAUAGUGGCUCGACUUGUGGACCGUGUUAAGUCAUACAAGGACCAACUGUACAUAGAAAAGUUUACCCCAUAA